UUAACCUGUGACGUUCUUCGCCGCGCAUUGCACCACAAACUGGCAAUGUUGAGGAAAACUAUUUAAGACGGGUGAACACUCUAAUGCUACAGACCGAGUAAAGUCAGCGUAAGCAACAACUGCUGAAACGAGAAAAAAACAGAAGAAAGGAAAAAGUACCCUCCUGUUCACAAUGGUGCAUAAAACGACUAAAUGUGGAGUCCACUCGGGAAAUACCCUACGUGCGUCACACAGCAAAUACACAAAGACCUUCAGAAAGCAGUCAUGCCUUGUCCGUAAGAUUAAGAAUUCUGCCAAUCUUCGCCUCCUGCAGGAUUUUGGCAUCGCAACAGACGAUGUGGCUUACUCCCUCAGCAAGAAAGGUCGCUGGGUUUUACCUACAGUUCUCAAGGAACUCAUCCUCUUCGGGGGAUUUAGUGACGAUGACCCUAAUGUCCAACUCACCGAAAAACACAAGCUAAAAAAGACCGCCAACUGCCUGGGAUUCUACGCCUCCAAGGGACCAAUCAAAAAGGCCGUGCCAUCUAAAAAGCGAUAUUUCAAUGUUUCAAGUUUGAAGAAAAUGUCAUCUUCACCCAGUGAGAAGAAAGAGGAAGUGGUUGAUGGGGAAGAAGUUGAUGAACAUUUAGAACCAGAAAUACAAGUGGAGGUAUACCACCCAACUCCAAUCUCAAGUUCCAUCACACACAAGAAAUACAUCAAGCCAUUUCACUGUAGUGAUGAACAAGUCAGCACAAAAAGCCGAAAACCAAGACGACAUCGCACACAAAUCAAAUUUGAUCUUGAAUGCAUAGAAGAUGACUACAAAGAUGACAUCUGGGAGGAGGAGGAGGAGGAGGAGGAGGAGGAAGAAGUGGAAGUUUACAAUGAAUAUCUUUUCCAAGCUGAGUUUCAGAGACCACAGAGUUUCUUUACAGCAGCCGAUCUGUUGAAAUCAGCAACGAAAACAAGACAAAUAUUCAACAAUUCCAACAAAACGCACCGCAAACACAACAACGAUGAAAUGAAACCAAAAGCCAAAAUUGUAAAUUUGCAUGAGGAAGAUCUCAAUUCUAACUCAGAUCACCAGGAAAAAACAACAAAAGUCUCAACAAAUUCUAAACCACUUGGAUUUGAGCAAAUAAUGGUUCCUAGAAAAAUUGUCUUGCCUACCGCAGAGACACAACCAGAAUUUUUGAAAUUCAUAUAUGGUGACAAGUAUUUGGAGUGCAAUACAUUUCCUCGCACGUUUGUGAUUAACAUUACGGACGAAGUGAAAGCUAUGAUGAAACGGGAUACAAGAAUGAUGCAUAAAACUCCAUGGCUGGACUCAACUACGAUCCUGAUUUUUACUUAUGAUAUUUACACUGCUCCGUUAGACGGGGAAGAUGUCUUCGAUGUUUACCUCAAUGUUAAUAUCAAUGCAGAGAGAUUAGAACUAUCUACACUCUUUGAUUACUACGCUGGAUCACUAGAAUCCGUUAUUGGCCAAGCCGUAUCUCACAUAAAAUCGUACGGAGUAACCCAGUUUGCGCAAUCCAAACACUGUCCAAAAGGAAAAAGUGAAAUGGAGUUCAAUGCUUUAAAAGCAUGUCGAUUCCCUGGCAGAACGUCAACUUCAACGGAAGAAGGAAUUUUUGAAGAAGCUAUUUUGAGCCACGCAGAACGAAAUAGUUUAGAGGAAGAUUUUGGUCUUGGAUUCGAAGCUCUUCCACCAAAGGUUUGCUAUAUUUGCUUUGAAGAGAUGGAUGAGUACAGACCUGGGAUUGCAAUGGGAAGUUGUGGUCACUGGUUCUGCAGAGAAUGCUGGAGAGAACAUUUACUGCACCAAAAUUUCUCCAGGCUUCUCUGCCCCGAAUUCAAAUGUGGAAAAGAAGUACAUCUCACCUUGAUUUUACAAAUAUUGAACAUCACCGAUGUCCGUAAAUACUUGACCCGGAAAAAAGAAAAUCUGAUACAGAGUCAGUACAAAUAUUGUCCAAACGAAAAAUGUGGUCGCAUAAUUUCAGCGUCUUUAACAUCUAAACCCACCAACGUCGUCUGUGAGUGUGGGUUUAAGUUUUGUCCAAAAUGUUUAAAGUUUCCUCAUUGGCCUGUCUCAUGUGGAACAUCGCACGAAUAUUGGAAUCUUCUUAAGGAAAAGGGAAUUAGCAUGAAAUCGAGUAAUGAGGAUUUGUUGCCCUCUGAGGUGCAGGUGCGUGGCAAGAGCUGUCCUAAAUGCAAUCAAUUCAUAGAGAAAGAGGGCGGUUGUUAUAGCAUGGAAUGUAUUUGUGGGAUAAAUUUCUGCUGGGGAUGUCGAGGAAUUUUCGGGGUAAAUCACAUAGAUAAUGAUAAUUGCCAGCAGUGGAAACAUGGUGACCUACAUAAAACUGUUAAACGACGCCUAAAAACAGACCCGCUUCUAUCACUUAAAUUUAAAGAAGAACCCGCACUCAUUCAAGCUGCUGUCAAACAGCGUUCAGAGAGAGCUCUCUCCAAGACAUUACUGAUGAAAAGGAAAUCUCAAUCGUGGUGCUUGAAAAUUCGAACUCUCGGACAAAAAUCCUCCACAAAAGUUGCCAAUUUACUGGCAGGAUGUGUAUCAACAGAUAACAUUUUCUCCAAUUUCGAUGGCUUGCUACGAAAAAUGAUAAAGCUCUAUUUGGAAAUGCGCCAUCUUGCGGAAUACACCGCCGUUUUUGCACAACAACAGAAUAGUCAGUCACGGAAAAGCUUGAACUGUGUACUUGAUCGCAUGGAUGAUUUGGCCACACAGAUUUACAUGGAAUUUCAGAUGGACACCAAUUCAGAUCUACCGUCUCUUGUAGUUCGUAUGUUAGAUAUCAAAGAUCAUUGCAUGCGUUCUGUGACUGGACUUGUCAAAAUUAUCGAUGAGAUGAAUUUAGACUAAGUUUCUUUUGAUUAAAAUUCACCAGUCUGAAUACAUAUAUAUGUUUUUAGAAAUUACGACUGGAUGGAUAUUUUAGAUGCACUGCAGUUUGACCCCAACACCUCAUACAGGUUAUUAGGUCGUCAAAAUGCAGGAUUCCCAUUGACCAUAUUAGUCAUGUGACCCAAUGCGGUGCAUAUGCAAGAUGUAUAAUGGUAUUGAAAUGUAAAUUUAAAAAAGAGAGAAAUAAAGGGCUUUCAGAUUCACAUAAA